CACUUCAGGUUCAAAGGUUCGGUCACACUGGGAACUGCGAAAACUUACUUCGGUGGCAGUUAAAGAAAACACUUGCUUAUUUGUAGCUGUGUUAUUAGUAGUUCUAGAGAAUCUGACAUGGGAAAGAAGCAGGCAGGUACAGGGCCACUGUCGAGGCGUCCGGAUAACUCAGCGUUUAAACAGCAGAGGUUACCCGCCUGGUCUCCAUCUCUCACGGCAAACACCGUGCUGCCUACCUUCUAUAUCCUCUCUCUUGUGUGCUUGUUACUGGGCAUAUGGCUCCUCAUCACUGUUGAGAACACACACGAACUGAAGGUGGACUACACCAAUGCUGGAACAUGUGAAGAAUGCUUCAAUUUGAGGAAGAGUCCCAACGACUCCACAACAGCCUGCACGUGCACAGUCAGCUUCCACGUACCGACAACCUUUCCGGGCGAUGUUUUCUUUUACUACGGUCUGAGGAACUUUCAUCAGAACCUGCGGAGGUACAUGGACUCCCGCGAUGAUGCACAGAUGGUGGGGAGGAAGAACAACCUGAAGACACCGAGUUCAUACUGCGCUCCCUUCGAUUACGAUGCAGACAGAAACCCCAUAGCCCCCUGCGGUGCCGUGGCCAACAGUAUGUUCAAUGACUCAUUAACAGUGAUGUAUAAUCUAAUGGAUGGGUCAAAAAUACAAGUCCCACUCUACAGGAAGGGCAUUGCUUGGUACACGGACAAAAACGUCAAGUUCCGUAACCCUUCAACCAACAACACAUUCCCUCUCCAACAAGCCUUUGAAGGCACGACUCGGCCCUUGUAUUGGCAGCGUCCGGUUUAUGAGCUGGAUGACACAGACUCCAACAACAAUGGCUUUAUAAAUGACGACCUGAUUGUUUGGAUGAGAGAGGCGGCCUUCCCUAAUUUCAAAAAGCUUUAUGGGGUUCUCAAUCGUGCUCAAGGGCCUUUCACUGAAGGCCUGCCUGCUGGCAACUACACCCUCUCUAUAAAUUACAAUUUUCCUGUCGAGCCCUUUAGAGGUCGGAAGGAGCUGGUGAUCUCGACAGUGACCUGGUUUGGUGGGCAGAAUUACUUCCUGCCCAUAGCAUACCUGGUCACCAGUGGACUGAUCUUGGUGAUGGCUGUCGUACUCACAACGGUGUAUGUGAAAGUGGGCAAAAGGGGCAAGAACAUGGAGGAAUAGACCAAAAGAUGGAAAUGUCCAUCAGAAAACAAUGAUGAAAAAUUGCACUCGAGCCAUUAUUAAGCACACGAAAGCAGUACAAAUGUAUUAUUUAAUUUAACUUUAUAUUGGGUUUUCUAAUUUUGAGAAUAAAUAGCUUAACA